AUGGCCGACCCUACCGAAUCCCCUUCUUUCGCCGCUACGCCCGACAAACACGCUCCCCCGGCCCCGCGUUUUCAUGACAUCGCUGUCACGCCCCAGAGUCUCCCUCCUCUCGCCGAUGCGUCAACCAAUUCAGCCGUGUCUACAACUGAUUCGGAGAAGCAUCCUAAGGGAAAAAGGAAAAGAACAACGGCGAAAGACAAAAUGGUUCUGGAAGAGGCGUACAGUAGUAACCCUAAACCCGACAAACAAGCGCGCCUGGACAUUGUUCAGCGCGUGUCUUUAAGUGAGAAGGAAGUCCAGAUCUGGUUUCAAAAUCGAAGGCAGAAUGACCGCAGGAAAUCUCGCCCUUUGUCACCGGGAGAAGUUGCCGCUCUCCAUCAUGGAAUCAUGCAUCCUUCAACUUUCGACCCAAUUAUACACACUACAACUCCAAGCAAACCCGAACGUCCAUUUCCAGUCUCCGAGCGUACUAUAUCUCGGUUUGGAGAACCCAUCUCUGUGCCCCCUCGACAUUUUGACCGGACACCUUCCAUGCCACGAUAUCAUUCAGAUCUUGUGAAUAGCACUCCAAUCACCCUUGGUCAUGACAGUUUUCGCUACUAUUCCGACGCUACUCCCAACCGCACCGACCCUGCUCUCCCACACGAAGCUCGAGAUGUGUCCCAUUCUUUGUCAAGCUCCAUAUCUAGUAAUGUUGGCUACCUGUCCAACCGGUGGAAUGCCGGGGCCAAUUCCUUCUCUACGCCAGCUGCUUUUACCCGCAGCGGUGACGAUUCAUUCAGACUUGAUACAUUCCCUCCGUCAUGCGCUUCUGAUCGUGUCAUUGCCACCCCUCUCUCCCAAAGCCAGCCCAAGGUUCACCUUUCUACAUCCUUAGACGGAAAGGCAGAGUUAGUCUCAAACCAAGGCUCUCCUUCACGUGAAAUGCCCCCUCGACCGUCCUCCACAACGCCAUACUUGCCUGAAGAGCGACAGCGUGGUCUACAACGAGGAUUACAACGUAGUAGCAGCGCUGUUACUCUCCCUCCCUUGUCGGAACUCACUAGCAGUUUGCCUCCUAAUCUUGUGCGAGGUCGGUCUCGUGAUGUGCAUGCCUGGGAAAAAUGUGCGGACGCUGAGAACCGUGAUGAGCUGACAGCGCAGGCCGAGUACGAGUCGAACGGAUCGGCGGCUGCAGCUAUCAACAUUCUUCGUUCCACGAGCGGGAUUCUCCAACCAAGCAACGCUAAACGCAACGCUCCCAUGACGAGGCCCCAACGACCUCAUCAGGCAAAGAAGGUUAAGCUGGAUCCUACUGGGUCAAGUAUUUCACGACUCGACGCGGACUUGGACGAAAGGGAAAAAGCUGACAGGGAGCAUGGCAAGGUGAAGGUUUCAAUGUUGGUCUCUCCGACAGGUGGUGACUCGGAUAAGGAGAACUUGACCCCUGACGAGGAGACCAGUUCGCCGGAUCCUGAUCACCGUCGACCUCUGCCGCCUGCCCCCAAACAUGUUGGCGACAACCCUCGACGAGUUGGCCGAGCCCUUCAGGAGCAAAAGAGCCCAAACCUGCUCGCAAACCGCGCAAACAUGGCGCCCACGCGCCCACGUUCCAUCGUCAAAGAAGGAUUGGAGAUUUUCCAGGAUAGGAUGAAACCAGUUCUGUCUUCCAGGGAACAAGACAUGGUUCGAGGUUCAAUCAGUCCUAGUAAAAAGCCCGAUAUGGACUGCGUGGCAGGUCUUCUUUCUCUCAGCCAAGGAGCUUGGAGGUAA